UGGCCAGUGCUGCGGGAAGCUUCGUGAUCCUAUUCACUCUGCUCGUGAACCGACCGAGGGGCGCUAGAAUUUUUCUGGAACAGCAAAAGCUCUAAUAAAUUUAGCUAUCAAUUUAGAAGGCAGUCACUUUUAAUACGGCUGAAUACGAAGACGUUUGGAUGUUUGCCUUAAUUUGGAUAAGUAAAGUGGCCUUUUUCCGUUCACAAGAAAAUUCACCCGACGAAACUCAAGGCGAUGAGGAAAUGACAGCCAUCGAGUACGCGCCAAUCGUUCAAGAAUAUAAAGAGCCCAAAAUUGACUCCGAAUUGAUCGUGGCAGAGACCGUAGAGAUUGACAAGGACGAAAACGAAGCGAUUUUGUCGGAAAAUUUGGCCUACUGCGUCGGCCGUGUUGAUUCUGUUAUUAUCUGCAGUGGUCAAACAGCCGAGACUGCCGAGUCUUUGGUCACGCUUUCUAUGAAUUAUCGUGAUUGCUGCGACGGCGGAAUUCCACCCAUCCAACAAAAAGAAAAAGCCCGUCGCCGUUCGUCAUCCAACAUCAAGACCCAACAGUCCGACGAUUGCGAGGAGUUUAAGCAGCAGAUCAGCGAAAAAUCCAAAACACAUUGGUCAGUUAGAUGCAAAAUUAACGACCAUAAUCGCCAUUACCCAUCUUCCUCGCGAUGCUUUUUUACUCCCAUGCACAGCACCUUCAACAUUUGUAGCAAUGGCGUACCUACCAAACUAUCCACUCGACGGAAGAAACGAGAAGACAACGCAUUGCUGACAGUAAUCAGUGCGUUAUACGCCAACCUGCUCGUCGUCAUGGGUUUGGCUUUCCCCAUGACCGAAGUUAUUUCCAAUCACGUCCCGUCGUUUUCCUAUUUGGGUUUUUAUCUGUACUUGUACUUUGGCUCGAUCGCCUACUUCUUCUUUGUCUUCUUCAAUAUGUUGAAAAAUAGAGCGGCCAAGGGUAAUCGUUACUUCGGAUGCGGAAGUAUGAGACCGUCCAAAAUAUUAGAGCUCAAGGUGAUGACCGAUGACUAUUCAGAGGAUUCUCCACCACGUAUCAUUGAAAAUGUGGGAACCCAACACUACGGAAGUUUCUACCUGCGCAUCGGCGCUGUCGCUUUUGGUGUGGGCUCGAUGAUAUAUUCCGGUUUGGAGUUUGCACAGUACUUUGAAACGGACCCGACCAGUGAAUGCCACAACAUUUUAAUGGCCGCCACUCCAGCCGUCCGAAUGGCUUUUACUUUCAUCCAGAUGUAUUUCAUUUUUCUCAACGCCAAGAUGUCGGUUUAUUGUAAACCGAGAGCCAUUGCUUAUUUUGGCUUGAUGCAUAUUGUGGCGACUAAUCUCUGCGUUUGGCUUAACGUUAUCAUUGAAGAGACCAAACAUGAAAUCAUUCAUCACUUUUCUCAUCAAGGGACAGACGAUCAUCACGGCAAUCAAAAUCCAUCAUCAACAACGAUUCCAAAUUCGGUUGUCGUCCCGGAACACGGAAGCGUUGUUGUUGAAUCGAAUGCGCUUCUUAGCUCGCUGGUAGACGAGUGCAAGAGAUCGGAGAUGAUGGGCAACGUCGUGCAAGAUGCCAGCCAGUUCCUCUUCCCUUGCGCCAUCGAAUAUUCGCUGAUCUGUGCUGCUAUUCUUUACGUCAUGUGGAAGAACGUCUCGAUGAGCGAAGAUGAUGGCGGAAUUUACAGCCGGAGCAACUCUGCCGGAUCGGCCACCGGACGCCGAUCAAGACACCAGUAUUCGGUAGACUGCGCCAAAGCCAAUAAAGGUCUCUUCGCUGGCAUCUUCGUCCUGGUUGGGAUCAUAAUCAGCCUCAUCCUCUUCUACGCUUUGAUUAACAAUCACACUUUCAGAGCGCUGGCCAUUAUGGAAGUUGCCGUGUCUCGGUUGUUGCUUUUCUGUGCCGCAUUUAUCUCUACAAUGGUCGGCAUCUAUCAGAUUCGCGAACUCAAAUUUGAUUCUUCGCGCCACUUUGGAUUGGAUGCCGUCCUCUUGGUGGUGGCUCAAAUUGGGGUCAUGACGUACAAGUUGUUCACGGUGAUCGCUUGUUGUUACUCGGUCAAGACCGAAGGAGAAGACAACUCGACCCUGGUUUUGCUAAGCGCUCUUGCCGCCAUGUUUCAGGCAGUGGCUCAAACAUUGUUCAUUUUGGACGCAUCGAGACGACACACUUACACCGUCGACCAGCAAUCUCGCAAGCCAGGACGUGAAGUCGUUACUUUCCUCUUGGUAUGCAAUAUCGCAAUGUGGGCGGUCAAUACACUGGAUAAGUCUAGAGCUGACUUCAAUCCGCUGCAACUCGAGUUUUUUGGUCUUUGGCCAUGGAUUAUCAUCAUGAACGUCAGCAUGCCAUUGACUAUCUUCUAUCGCUUCCACUCGACAGUUGUCCUCUGCGAAAUCUGGAAGCGAUGCUACAAAGUAAAACCUGAUUUGAUGUAGCAUUGACAUACCAAACCACGGUAAUAUUGUCUUAUGCACUGUCGUUUCAUUUUCUGAUCCAGCGUACAUCUUUCAUUAAAUUUGUCUUUAUUUGAUUCGCAAUUCAGCAGUAAUCAGUGUGAUGCUCCAAAAUAUUCCAGAUUUAGUUGCAGUCUUGAAUACUUCCAAGAAUUUUCAUUUGGCUAUUUCUUACAAAAUUGCAUUACUAUUAAUCGCCUCUUUAAUUAUUCCAAAAUCUUAUUGCAAUUUUCAAACGGAUCACUGGCUUCCCCGUUUACGGCUGAG